AUGAACGUCUUCCAUGGUGACACUUCGAUCUUGGACUACUUCAAUCCAGACAACUUGCCCCCAACUCCUUUGGUUGAGAUUCCUCUCCAUCCUUUCAAAGACGACAACGUCAGGAUAUUCGCAAAGUUGAUGCAAUGUCUUCCCAUGGCCAAUGUCAAAUCGUUGCCUGCUUAUAACAUGCUUCUACACUCUAAUCUUAACCAUAAUAACCAGGCGAUUGAUUUAUCUAAAAUCGACACACUAAUUGAAAACUCUUCUGGGAAUACAGUGUUUUCUUUGUCAAUCAUAGGCAAAUUGUUGGGUAUUAACAACACAAAAGCCAUAGUCUCCAACGAAAUAUCUCCUGCAAAAUUAAAGCAAUUGCAAUUUUUCGAUGUCAACUGCAUUAUUAACGAUGAACCAAUUUGCCCCAAUCCCAAUGACUUGAACUCUGGAAUUAAUAUAGCUAAAAAAUUAUCAAGUAAACAUGAAAACUAUUUGAAUUUGAAUCAGUAUGAAAACGAUUUAAAUCCUUCAGCUCAUUAUAAAUGGACAGCACCACAAAUUGUUAGGCAGUUGGAAUCACUUAACUUGGACUUGAACUUGUUUGCUUGUGGUUUAGGUACUUCAGGUUCAUUAGUUGGUACAUCAACUUAUUUGAAAAGCUGCUAUAAUAAACUUAAUAACAGCAACAAAAAUGAAACGAAAGAUCCAUUAUUUAAAACAAUUGGGGUUGUUAGAUUACCAAAUAAUCCGGUUCCUGGGCCAAGAACACUCAAUUUACUAGAUUCAAUUAAAUUCAAUUGGAACGAAAGCUGUGAUUCGAUUCAACAAAUUGGUACAAAAGAUUCAUACAAACAUUCUUUAGAACUAUGCAGAAAGGGCAUUUUAGUUGGGCCUUCCAGUGGAUUUACAUACAAAGGUUUAUUAAAUUAUUUAAAUGAAAUUAAAGGAAAUGGUCAGUUAAAAGAACUUCAAAAUCUUCUCAAACAAGAUAAUAAAACAGUCAACUGCGUUUUCAUUUGUUGCGACCAACCGUUUGUUUACAUUGACGAGUAUUUUAAAUAUUUAGGUAAAGAAAAUUUUCCAAAGAUUGAAAAUGAAUAUUUAUUGCAAAAAAAACAAAAUCUACCAAUUGAAAUGAUAAACAGAAUCAAUGAUAUUCUUGCUGAUAAAAAGAUUAACUUGAAACCAAUUGAUGCAUAUAAAAUUAUUUAUAAUAAACACAAAAAAUGUGUUAAUGAUGAUAUUAUUAUUUUUGAUAUUAGAGAUAACAAAAAUUUUAAAGAGCUUCACAUCUUGAAUUCAAUCAAUAUAGAUAUCGAUAAUGGCAAUACUAAUAAUCCGUUAAUCGAUACAAAUGUACUUCAAACUGAAUAUAAUUCUUUAAAACUAAUAUUGCAAGAAUUCAUGCAAAAUAAUGAUCUUCAAGGGAAAAAAAUAUUCAAUAUUUGUUACUCAGGCAAUUCAUCAGUCAUUUCAACAACAAUUUUAAUUGAUAAUGGAAUAGAAAAUGUUUAUAAUAUCAGCGGCGGAUUUAUCGAAUGGAGUAAAGAAAACUUACCCAGAUGGAAGUCAGAUAAUUGUAUCUUGUUGACCAAUACAAAAUAA